AUGGAGCUAAAGAUGGCAACCUCGCCCUUGUUCCAGGACGAAGACCCGGAGACGUUUCCGAAACCUCCUCGCGCUUCUGAUGACGCCUGCGGCAGCGGCGACGGCGGCGGCGGCGGCCGCAGUAGUGGAAUACCGCCUCCGCCACUAAAUACCGAGUCCGACGACGACAUCUUUGAGGUAGAACCCCCUGCUGCUGCUGCCGCGCGCCGCGCCCGGCGACGGGCUGCUGCUAGUGAUCACCAUGCUGAUGCUGUUAGUGCUGAAGCCGGGGCUACGGCGGGCGAAGGUGCCAACAUGGCGAACAGCAUGUUGCGUCAUGGUGAGGGCGAGCGGCGGGUCGGAGGAGAGGAGGGCGGCGUUACCGCGAACAAGGACACGAGCACCGCGAAGAGAAAACCGAAACGGACUAAGACAGGGGGUAAGAAGAGCAACAGAGGUUCCUCGGGUGGUGGGUGCAGCGGGGGCGACGACGAUGACGAGGAUGAAACAAUAGGGGUCAUGAGCUCUGCUGCUGCUACUACGAGAAACGAGGGUUCUACUCGGGAAAAGGUCGUUCCCGAGUCGUCCCGAGGAGAAGGACAGGAAGCGUCGAGAGGCCUGACGGGGCAAGGUGGGUUAGACGAUGACGACGAGGAGGAGACUCAGUCUGACCCCGACUUCCGGUCCCCCGCGGGACGCCGGGGCCUCCCCGCCAGCGCCGGCGGCGGCGGCUCUGCGACGGCACGGAUGCAGGAAGCGACAGCCGAAGAAGAGCGGUGGCGCUGCGGCUGCGGCGUUCUUGCGAAGGCUGGUCGUAGGACGUGUCGCGCCUGCGGUUCGGCUAACGCUGCUGCCGCCGCCGCCGUACCGUCCCGUCUCUCGAGCACGCGGCUGUGCGACGUAGACGGAAGCGGUGGUAGAAGUGGUGCCCCGUCCCGGUCUGGAGAGGGGGCGCUCCCCGGGGUUUUAGAGUCCUCGCCGUCUUUGGGGUGCAGCGACGGCAACAGCAAUGGAGGAGGAGGUGGAGGGGAGGGGGGAGAAAUAGGAGGGGGGGGAGGAAGUGAGAGAGAAGAAAGAGGAAGAGCAGAAGGGGGCCUCAGCCUUAGCCCCGGCGGCACGGCAGAGUCCUCCACGGCUGGAGCGGGCAAGGCCGGAGCCGCUGGAGCUGGAGCCAGCCAAGCGGGUAGCGUCAACAGCAUCAGCAGUAGCCGGAGCGAGAGCAGCAGCAGUGCGAGCAGCCCCCGCGAGCGGGGCAGGUGGGAGUGCGGCUGCGGGUGCCGCAUGAGGGCGGGGAAGAGGCGGUGCAGCAUGUGCGGGCAGCCGAGACCGGCACAGGGCGUCCUUGAGGCGCAAGGCGUCGCUUCUAGCGGUGCCGCAUCUGACGGCGGUGCCAAGCGCGAAGAAUCUAACCUCGCAACCGCCGAGAGCCGUGUACGCGGUAGCGGUGGCGGCGCCGGAAGUCCGGCGGGGCCCUCGUCGGCUUGCAGCGGCGGGUCUUUAGCGGCAAGCGCCGGCGCAGCAACUGACACGGGCGUUGCUGCUGCUGCCGCGGGCGGAGGGUGGCAGUGCCCGUCCUGCGGAAACGAGUACGGCGCCUCGCGCCUGAAAUGCCGCGGGUGCAACACCCCUCGACCGGCGGCGGCUGGCGGAGGUGCGCCGUCAGCGGCGGGUGCGCGACCGGAGACCCCAGGCCCGGGCCGCGAUAACAACCCCGAGCUUCCGACCACCGCUUUCGUCAAAGGUGCGGCAGGGGGUCGGUCAGCGUCACCCGCUCGGGGACGUUGUGAAACGCCCCGGCCGGAGACACCGGCGGUGGGCGGUGUCGACGUCGAGUCCGUCGCGUCCACCGUCAAGGUCAGGAGCGCGUCGUCAUCGUUGUCGGGCUCAUCGACGCCGAUAGCUUGCCGCGCCGCAGGAUGGGGCGGCGGGGCUUCGGUCGCCACGAACGUGCGCGAUCUGUGCGCCGGCCUCGGUGGGGGGGCAGCCUCUCCCGGGCGGCUGGGUGCUGCAGUGGAUUCGAGGCGAUCGAGCGGACCCGCUGCUGCUGUUGUUCAUGAAGGGGCGACGCGGGUGGGUGGUCGCGCGGGCCUUGGCGUAGCCUGGCAGCGAUCGGAUGGGUUGGACGCCAGCCGCCACGGCGGUGGUGCGGGAGGCGACGACGCGAGGUCGUCGUCCUUGUCCGAACCUGCCGCCGCAGCAGCAGCCGCUUGCAAGGAGGAAGGAGUUGAUGAGGGCUGUGUUGCGUCAUCGCGCAACGAAGCUUUCAGUCAAGAGGAGGAGGACGAGGACGAGGACGAGGACGAGGAGGACGAGGACGAGGAGGACAGCUUCUGCGAUCUCUUCCCGGCGCUUCAUGACUUCGAGGCAGACGAGAGCGCCGACAUCGGUAAAGAUAGAAUUGCAGAUGGACGGGUCGCCGGGGGUACGGCGACGGCUGCUGUCGAGCUGGCCGCUCGGUCGGUGUCGUCGUCCGGCGGCCUGUGGCUGCCUUCCCCUCCGUCUCUUGUUGCCCCCCCGUCGUUCUCCGCCGGCAGUUGUGCUCCGCGUGCCCACCUGGGCCAUGCGGCUGCUAGCGCUGCUGCGGCUGCGGUUCCUGCGGCUCCUGCCGUGUGGGGUAGCAGGAGCUCUCCUGGUGAAGAAAUUGGUUGUCGUCCCACCGAAGGAAAGUCAGCAGCGACGGCGGCGGAAGCUGUGGAGGCACGGCCGUCGCCGGAAUGUGCUAUUGCCGACGGAAGGAAGAGCAGCACCGGGCCCGGGAGAGCAGAGCAAGAGGAGGAGGAGGAGGAGGAGGAGGAGGAGGAGGAGAAGGAGGCUACGCUCCGCGUCUCACCCUCGGGCAGCGGCGGCGGUCAUAGCGGCGACGGUGGGGGAGACACCGAGCUGGAGGACGGCGACAACGGGGGUGGCGGCGGCGGCGGCGAGAGCGACGACGGCGAGAGCGACGACGGCGAGAGCGAUGACGGGGAUGACGUGGCGUGCGGGGUGUGCGGCUGCUCGACUUCCAGGGAGGACGACCCGAUCGUUCUGUGCGACGGCCCGAGGAAUUGCAAGACGGCCGUCCACACCGACUGCUACGGGAUCGCCGAGGUGCCCGAAGGUCCGUGGUUGUGCGACCCUUGCCGCUCGAAUGGCGAGACCGCCGCCGGCGCCGCUGUUGGCUCCGAACCGGUACCGCGACCAUCAUCAUCAUCGGCAGCAGCGGCGGCGGCGGCGGAUCCGGAAGACCAGCGGUCGUUGUCGUCACCGCGGUCCAUCUCUUGUGCGCUGUGCAAGCAGUCGGGCGGCGCCAUGAAGCUCUCGCGGUGCUCGCGGUGGGUGCACGUGGCCUGCGUCUGGUGGACCCCGGAGCUCGCGACGGAGCCGGGCACCGUCCGCCCGGGGCCGCUGGCGGGGCUCGACCCUGCCCGCAGUCGGUUGGCGUGCUCCGCGUGCCACGGCCGGGGGGGAGCGGCGGUGGAGUGCGCCGAGCCCUCCUGCCCGGAAGCCUACCACCCGUUUUGCGCCAUGCGCGCGGGACUCCUCCUGCGGGAGGCCGACGGCGCCUUCGAGCUGUUCUGCAGGACGCACUCCUGCCGGAGAAGCCGGCGGCGCCGGGACGAUGAGGACGGAGGCGCGGUGACGGACUGGGGUGAAAGCGCCGAGCGGUCGCCGGGCGGGGGUUGCGUUGAGGAAGGUACGGUGGUGGCGGCAGCGGCAGUGGCGGCAGCGAAGACGACGCCGGUCGCCGCCGAGCGGAGGGCUAAGGGCGGAGAAGGGUCGAGGCGCGGGGUGUCUACGCCACCGACCUGCGCGGCCACGCCGCCCGGUUCCUGCAGCCCCGCACCCGCCUGUUGCGGCGGGAUUUUUGCGGCGGCGGCUGCUGCCGGGCGAGGCGGGAGAACGUUGCCGGCGUCGUCCCCGCAAGGGUCGGAGUCUUCUCCGAGUCCGAUUCCGGCGCGCCGCCGGCCUCCCGGGUGCAAAGCGGGCGAGGUCAAGAGGAAGAAGAAGACAAUUGCCCUGUCUGACGACGACACGGACGAUAGCUGCGGACGCGGCGGCGGCGGCGUCUCGCCCGGCGUCCCCGUCGCUGUCGCGGCGACAACACCAGGCAGGAGGGGCAGCGGCGGCGGCGGGGGGGAGGGGAAUGGCACGCCGGUAAGGGUGUUUGACAUGGCGCCGCCGGCCCAACUGCCACAGCCGUCUUCCGCCGGCGGUAGUGGAGAGGAGGAGGGGGAGAGUAGCGCGACGACACCAUCACCGGUGAUGCGGCGGAACAAUAACGAUAGGCGGCUUCAAGGCGGAGGUGGUGGGGGCUCCCCGACCGUCCGGAGGAAGCGAUGCGAGGAGGAGGGGGAAGAGGAGGAUGGGCUGAUGACGCUAUCGCAGGCCGUGUCGCCAGUGGAGGAGGAAGGAGGGAGGCGUGACAUGAAGCGUCGACGCCUGAACAGGAUGGUGCAGCUGGAGAAAGAGGGCAAAGAUGGGACGCGGGCCGACGCGGGGGAUGGCAAGAAUAGGCGUCCCUUCGGAACCCGUGCGGGGGAACAGGACUCUGGAAGAAAGUCGAGGAAGCGGCAGCGAGGUGGCGGCGACGGCGAUCGCACGGGGAAAGGGAAGGGGAAGAGGGGCUGCGACUUCGACAAGGCUUCCUAUCGCCGGUACAUCGACACAGAGGCAGAGGUGGACGAAGACGUCUCAGACGACGACGAGGCCGAGCUGGAGAACGACUACGACAGCGAGGAUAGCUUCGUCAACGACGGACCGCUAUCGUACGUGACGGACUCUUCUCAGGAGGAGGAGGCGGACGAGGAGGAAGAGGAAGACACGCGAGGCGGUGGUCGUGAGGACGGUGGCGAAAGGCACGGGAAGAAGAAACAGAGAGGCCGCAAGGGGCCGAAGUUCGACACCAACGAGGAUGAGACGGCCAUGUACCGCCAGCUCUUGCAGCAGUCUCAGCCGCCACCGCCAUCGCCGUCUCCCCGUGGAGCCGCCGCUGACGGGUGGGGGCAGCGACAGCAGCACCGGCGGCGAACAGUGAGGAGCGGCUGGCAUGUGACCGGAGGUGAGGACGAAGGCGGCGGCGGCGGCGGCGGCGGCGGUAGCAGCCGGGCAUCAUCCCGCUUCGCCUUCGUGAACGCCGUCAUGGCCCACGCGAGGGAAGGUGGAGACCCGUUGGACAUCGAGGAAGCCUGCGGCUCGGAUGCCGCCAGCGGUUUCACGCAGGAAGGGUACGCGGGGACCCCGGAGUCGACGGCCACGACGACGACGCCGGGGUCGAGGAGAGGAGGAGGAGCGGGAUGUCCGGACUGGUCGCCGUGCGAUGGGAUGUCUUCCGGGGGUUCGGCAUCCGACGGGCGACUCACCGCGUCAGAGCGGGGCGCCGAGCCCAUGUACUCCCAGGCGCUGCUGCAAGCACACCCCGGCUCUCCCGCGUCGCCACGAGCGGGGGCGGAGGGUACGGGUGGUCGAGCGCUAACUGCCCCGGUCCACCAAUGGGGAAAGGAGAACGUUGCCCCUGCUGGGAGCGCCGCUGCUGCGGCGAAGGCGCCCACGAGUGCUGGGACCGCCGUGAGCUCCUCGAGCGAAAACCGCCGGAGAGUUGGGACAAACACGGUCUUCGCGGCAUCAGAAGCAACAGCAACAUCAGCCACAGGGGGGAGAGGAGGAGGGGUUGAGGGGGGGGGGUACUCCAGGAGCGGCGGCAAGCAGUCGAACGGUAGCGCCAACGCUCGUGCCACCACCACAAACGGCGCGAUCCCCGCGAGUAGCAGCAGCUCAUCAACAACCCACCGCGAUGCAAGCCGGCCGGUUGUUCAAAACGCGCGGCGCGCUGCCGUCGCCGGCCGUUGGACCUCGACGGCGAACAGCGCAAUCGAGAACUCCAAGCAAGCCUCAAGCAGCGGAGCAGAGGUGCCCGGCAAAAAGGGCGGGGCCGGCCCAACGGCGGAGGGCGGGGCGGCCGCCGGUAACGGCGGCGCCAGCCAGGGCGGCGGUGGCACCUCACUGACGGAGCUGCAGCGGCAGAAGAUGCUGGAGAAUCGCGCGAAGGCCCUAGCCCGCCUCAAAGCGAAGCAGCAAGCGGCGGCGGCGGCGGCGAACGGAGGGGGGACUGGGAAUACCGGUGGAAACCAUCCCGGCCCGGCAGCAAAUAACCGUCUGCUGCCGAGUGACGUCCGACAAGCAGCCGCGGUUGCGUCUACUCCUCCGUCAACGCAGCAGCAGCAUCAGCAGAUGACGCAAAGCUCGACCCAGCAGCGGAACCGAUUCAAGAUAACGAUGGACAUGGAUUCGGGUACCGACGACGACUCGGAUGCAGAAAGCAGCGGCGGCGGCGGCGGCAGCGGUGGCCGCAGACCUGCGGUCGUUUCCGCUGGGGUUCCCUCGUCGUCGUCCGCUGCCGCCGGUCCUCGACUGUCCCCGUCCUCGCGCGACAAGGAACGCACGGCAGUUGGGAGCGCGAGCGUUUGCGGGACAACUGCGCCCCGGGCAUCCCAGCAGAAGAACGCCGCGGCUUCUUCUGGUGCUCCCGCCGCUGCUGCUGCUGCUGCUACUACUGCGGCGCCGGCAAAGUUGUCUUCGCCGCGACCGGCUCCGGUUGCGGUGGUGCCCUUCUCGGCGCCGAGGGCGGCGACGCUCGAGCCCCUCGCGAGGGAGCUCCGCCCCCGGGCGGGGAUCGUCCUUCACGCGACCCCCCUGGGCGGCGGCGGCGGCGACGCAGGUCCGGGGCGGGACGUAGACCUGGCGGUGGGCGCGCAGUGCGCCGUGUGCGUGCGGACCCGGAAGCAGUUGCUGUCGCAAACUCAUUCGUCGCCGACGUCGCCGUCCCGACGGGAGGGGGCGGCCCCGCCGCCGCUGGUGGCGCUCCUCCGAGCGGCCCUCCAGCGGUACGCGCGCGUGGUGGUAGUGGUGGAAGGGCUGGGGGAAGACGUGGGCGGCAGCGGUGGUGGUGGUGGUGGUGGCGGCGGGGGACCCCGAGAAGCCGUCGGGAAAGUCGAGGCCCUGCGCGGCGCGAGCGUGGUCGCCUGUCGGGGCUGGAGGGACGCGGCGGAUAAGGUGGAGGGCCUGGUUCGGCGAGAAGAGAGCGAUGGACUCGGGCUGCCCAAGGUGGUCACGGGACCGUCGCUCACCCCCGCCCAGACCAAGUUUCUGUCGGCUCUGUUGCGAGCGCCGACGUUGUCGUACCCUGGGGGGCUCUUGAUGCUUGAGGCUUUCAGGGGCCGGUCCGGAAAAGAAGUCGUCGCAAGUUCGGCAAGGGAGCUUCAGGCCUCGGUUCCGGGCAUGACGGCGCAACAGGCCGCCAAACUCAAGCGUUUUUUGAUGAGCGCUGCCUUCAGGGGGCGGGGGUAGAAACGACGCUGCUCUGAUGUGUGUGCGUGCUAAUUUUUACAAAGGUUCGAAUUGCUGUCGAAGGCGAUGUUGUGAUUUGUUCAAUCAUGGCGACGGUAUGCUAGAGUGCUGGGGAGGAAGAGCGUAGUACCGUGUGACGCGCAGGACCUGGGUGUGUACAUUUCCGUGAAGGAAACGGCCCGGGGGGGCGACGCAUCGAUUUACCUACGAAUUGGACGGAACAUGUUUGCCCUACGUACGAACACUAAAACUAUCGUCACGUGUAGUAGCGCAAGCGCAUGCAGCUUGUGGAAAUUUUGUUCGAGUUGUGUCUGCUUUUCGUGAUGGUCAGGAACAGCGAAUAUACUGCUGUCUUGAGGGUGGCUUGGAGCCGCACUCAAUAUGGGUGAUGUAAUGCCGAUUGUGUGUGUUUGAGCGCGUAUGCUUGGAGGGGGGCGGGUGGGGUUGUACACCAUCUUGCGCAAGAAAAAACUUAAGCAACGGACGGGUGUCCAGUGCGGAACUCCCUCUCUGCUAGUGUUAUUCCUUUAUCUUUCGUUGACGUCGGUCCGCUACAGGCAUGAGAUUAUUGCUCUUUCCGCACUUUCCCGAUCGAUGCGAUCUGCAACCCUCGCACCUGUGGCCUUGGUACAUGACGCAGAUUCUCUUCUCGUAUAGAUCACCGUUCGAUUCAUCACCCCCAGUGGGACGAAGACUGACACCGUACAUAGCCGCCAGCAAACUCAUGACAACAACGCUCGCCUUUCCUCUCCUCUCACCGACCAUUUUCACGUUCUUUGGGUUCCGUCACCCCCCCCCCCCCCC